AUGGAUAAUCGGGAACGGCCGCGAGGAGACAGAAGGCUCGGCCCACUCUCUCUUACUCAGCUCACGGACCGGGAGGCCCGAACUGCCGCGGCCCGCUGUCAGUCAGUCACUCACGCCGCCCCUUUCCUCCUCCUCCUUUUCUCCGGCGGUUCUCCCCGGCUUCCAAGCGCCGCUGUCCAGUCCCGCCCGGCGGAUCAUCGGAGGGUUCGACGCCGCUGUCCCGUCCCGUCCCCUCCAUGCAGGUCCCGCGACCCCCUCCUCCUCGCCAGUGCCAGUCCCAGCCCCGCCUCUAAAACCCGCCGCGGCGAGGCUCCAGAAGUGCCGUCAGGCUCGACGUCCAAGCAAACAUCGACCAGGGGACAUCAUACUUGGCUGAUGAGCAACAGAAGAAGGGUAGCAUUUGGGAGCUCUUCAGCGAGGCUCAGUCGGAGCAAUCUGUCCUUCAUGACCACCACAAUGCAGCUAUGUCCGAGUACAUCACCUCUACAUAUGGAGACGUGUCUCUUUCUGAAGCUCUCGCCGACAUUGAAUAAUGAACACGGACCCCUACCUGUCAGCAAGCAGAACUAUUAUGCCCCUAGUCUCUGAUCCCGUAGAGGAGCUACUCUUCUUUACACUCACCACCUCUAUUCAUGGCAGUGACGAACCUUUCUGCCUGCCAGCCAGAGGCAAAGCAGUCUAGCCUUUAAUGGAGCGUUGGUGCCCAAGCUCCCCGUCUCUGGUAAAUCAAAGCUGCACGGAUCAACUGGCGGAGGCUAUCUUAAUUUAUAUGCAUUUUCUGGUGGCUGUUCGAGCAAAUCGUGCAUCUUGCACACAGGCUCGACAAUGGUUGCAGGUUCGCAGG